AUGGCUCCCCAAGUCAUCGUCCUCGCCGGCGGAACCGGCGGAUUCGGCCGGUAUCUCGCCGAAGCCAUCACCAGCAGCCCAGACUACGCCGUUGCCAUCUUAACUCGAUCGAACAAGAACAAGAACCCCCCACCCUGGACCGACCACCCCAAAAUCACCACCCACCAAACCGACUACACGCCGACCUCCCUCCUCCCCAUCCUCAACACCAUGCAGGCCACCACCCUCCUCUCUCUCAUCCGCUGCCCCAACGACGCCUACCUUCCGCUGCACACCCACCUCCUGGACGCGUGCAUCGCCUCGCAGACCUGCAAGCGCCUCAUCCCGUCCGAGUGGGCCGGCAACGUCGACGACUUCCCGCUGCUGCCGCGCUCCUACGGCGGCACGCGCGCCCCCUUCCGCGAGAUCCUGCGGUCCCGGGCCGCCAGUCACCACGUCGAGUGGACGCUGGUCCACCACGGCUGGUUCAUGGACUAUUUCUUACCGGAACACAAGUCGUACAUGGCGUACAUCCCCGGCGAGUUUCCGGUCGAUCCGCAGACGUGGACGUACCAUGUGAAGGGGUCGGGGGAGGGGGCGCAGUCGUGGACGUGGUCGAGGGAUUUGGCCAGGGCGGUGGUGCGGUUGCUGGGGCGGGAGCGGUGGGAACCGGUGACUUAUGUGGCUGGGGAAUGGAGCACGUUUAAUCAGGCGGUGGGGUUGUUGGAGAAGUAUUACGGCCGUCCCUUUAAGAGGGAGUAUCGGUCCGUCGAGCAGAUCGAGUACGAUGUCGAGCACCAUCCGACACCCCCGGAUGAUCCGAAUAUCGCGCUGGCGGAGCUGGAGGAGUGUACGAUUAAAGGGGCGAUUUGCUGCCCCCGGGAGAAGACGUUACGGCAGAAGGAGGAGUUCUUUGCUGGGAUGGAGUUUGUGCGGCUGGAGGAGUUGCUGGUCAGGGCUGAGAGGGAGGGGUUUACUUGA